AUGUGGAAAUAUGUAACGCGUCGAAUCAGGGAUACAUUUGAGAGGAGUGCUAAUCAUUUUGAUAAACGCAGUUCUACUGUAAUUAAUCCUUCAAAUGGUAGUUUAACUGAAGAUAAGAACAAAGGUGUUAACUCUCCAUGCUGUUGGUUUAUUUCGAAAAAAUGUUGGAAUACUUUUCAAAGUGAAAAUGACACUAAUAGCAAGAGAUGGAACUUUGAGCAAUUAAACCGUACUUGGAUUGGUGCCAUAACAUGGAGUAGUGCCCUUGUGUUUGGUUGGUAUACAAGCCAGCUUAUCCAUUUGAAUUUUAGAAAGCAACAUAAUGAAGAUAAGAUAAAAUGCUUGCAGAGGAAUAAUGAUUUAUUUGAAUAUUUGCCAUUUUUGACUUGUGUUAAUAAAAAUAAUCUAAAACCUCUUAAUUUAAAGAAUCAGAUAGAAAGUCCACUAAUAUCUAUCACUCCAACUGUCCAUUUGAUAUCAAAUGACCAAACUGGAGGAAAAGACAGGCAAACAAGAAGCAGCACAAGUAGUUCUGAAAAUUCAGAUAGUGAUUUGGGUGAAGUAUUAAAUUCAAUUGAAAAUAGGCUUGGCUUAGCUGCAAUUGAAAACGGACAACACCAAGACGGACUCAACUUACUUAGAUCAGCAGCAAAUCGCAACCAUGCCCCUGCUCUAUAUAAUUUGGGCUUGUGUUAUGAACUGGGUUUAGGUGUGGCAGUCAAUGAGAAAAUGGCAAUGGAACUUUAUAAAUCUGCUGCAGCACUGCAACAUCCCGGUGCCCUAUAUAACCUGGGUAUUUAUUAUGGACAAGGACGAGGUGGUCUGACUCAAGAUCGUGUGACAGCAACGAGGUUGCUACGUUUGGCGGCCAUUCAAGGACAAGAAGACGCUAUUACAGCAUUAAAAACUAUUCAAGAUGAAACGCCAGUAUCAAAUAAUACUUGGACUGAACAGUAUUUACUGCAAGAGAAGCAUGGUGACAUCAUACCAACUCACUCUGCUCUUUUUGUAGAGAAUGUUAAUAAUUUACACUCUUGUAACUAUAAAUAUCAGCCUGUAGUAUAU